AUAUCGUGCUAAUUCGUUUCUUCGUUUCAGCCAUGUGCGCCACAAUCCCGUGGCCGGGAACUGGGGAAUGCUGUUCGCCUUCUCGAAGGUCUUCGAGUUGGGAGACACGGCGUUCAUCGUCCUCCGGAAGCAGCGCCUCCUCUUCCUCCACUGGUACCAUCACAUCACGGUGCUCCUGUACGCCUGGUAUUCCUACGGACAGGCGAUCCCCACGGCUCGCUACUUCAUCACCUUCAACUUCCUGGCCCACGCACUCAUGUAUCCGUACUACAUGAUGAAGGCGCUGAAGAUACAAGUCCCUCGUCGGAUCGCCAUGGGUGUCACGCUCUUUCAACUUUCCCAGAUGGUGGUCGGGGUCACGGUGAAUACGUAUGCCUAUCUCUGCAUCCGGGCCGGCAUGCACUGCGAAGUACCGAUGGAGAACAUCCAGGUCUCCUUCCUCAUGUAUCUCUCCUAUCUGAUCCUGUUUGCAAAAUUCUUCAUCGAUGCCUACGUGAAACGAAGCCUUGCCAAGGCCACCAAAGAGUACAAAGCGGCCGUUGCAUCCGGGAAACCCACCGCCAACGGACACCCCACCAUCACGGAAGAAUUCACGGAUUAUCUCAAAAUCAACUGAGAACGUAUUGUGUGUCUGCAUAAUGAAUUUUUAUCUGUCUUCCCUUUCGAGCUUUUAUCUUUCUUCUCACGUGAGCGAAAGUGCAUGCACUCCCCUGACGGACAGUUGUGCGGGACCUCGUUAUGUAACCAGAAGAAUCCGAUGAAAGUGGAUCUGGAACUCAUAAAAAAAAGCUGCCCUCCUUCCCUCAAACCAGGAAUGGAGUAAGUCCCAGACAAGAACAAUGGUAUGGUGAGUACGAAGCACACGCUUCCCGCGCGACCGGUUCGACCCUCAACUGCAUCAUAAGUGCCGGGGGAUAUGAUCCUCCGCACCAGUCCCGCGCAAGGCCUGCCCUCGCUCCCAACAUGUUCCACGAUCCUUCGGCCUAUCUCAAGCCCGACUACCCGAUCUUCAAUGGGUCUCGGUACGAACAGCUGAUCAAGAACCACGAAUACCUCCGGCGAAGUGGGAUCCCCUUCGAAAGGGAAAACUUGCCGUAUUUCUUCGUCUUCGAAUGGGAGCUGGCCGGGGAAUGGGCCGAAGACGCCCAGUGGUGGUUCAUGGACUAUUGGACCCUCUCCUUCGUCUUCGUCGCCGUCUACCUGAUCCUCGUGUUCUGGGGUCGGCGACGGAUGGCAUCCCGUCCGCCCUACGAUCUGCAGAAACCCCUCAUCGCCUGGAAUUUUUUUCUCUCCGUCUUCAGCAUCCUUGCGGUUUAUAGGGUUCUUCCUGAGGUGUACCGAAGCAUCCGAGAUGAUUCCCUCUACCACUCGAUGUGCUUGGGAACGAAUCUACGACACAAUCCAGUGGCUUCGGUCUGGGCCAUCUUGUUCGUGGUCUCCAAGGUCAUCGAGCUGGGAGACACGGCGUUCAUCGUCCUCCGGAAGCAGCGUUUCCUCUUCCUCCACUGGUACCAUCACAUCACGGUGCUCCUGUACACAUGGUACUCCUGUGCGCAGGGAGUCCCCACGGCCCGCUUCUUUGUCACCCUCAAUGCUCUGGCUCACGCCUUCAUGUAUCCAUACUACACCGCACGAGCAGCGAAGGUCCACGUCCCCCGCCGCCUCGCCAUGUCCAUCACCCUCUUCCAGAUCACCCAGAUGAUUUUCGGCAUCUAUGCCAACGCCUACGCCUACUUCGCGAAGAAGGCCGGCCUCCACUGCGAGACUCCGUGGGAGAACAUCUACAUCUCCGCUCUCAUGUACCUCUCCUACUUCCUGCUCUUCCUCAACUUCUUCGUCGACGCCUAUCUCAGACGCACCUUCAACAAGAUGAAGACCUCUGCCGCCAAGGGCAAGGACAUCGGGGAAGAACUCACGGAUUACCUCAAAAUCAAUUGAUCAAAUGCUCCAUCUUUCAAGGCAUUGUGAUGGGUUCACCGAGCUUCAUUUUCUUCUUCAUAUUUUAUCCAUUUGUAUGCCCGAAAUCUGAUAUUGCCAUAUGCGGCAGGCCAAAGGGUGCAUGAUAGGACGAUGCAAUUCGUGUUUCUCUUCAUUCAAAUAGAAUGGGCGACUGAAAUGUUAGAGCAGCUAGAUUUUUAAAGAAGUAUUCCAGCAUCCAGUAAUUGGGUUUCGCAACCAAAAAUCGGACCGGUCAGCGUUAGCAUUCUGUUCUACCUCCGUUCUUGCCCGCCUACUUCCUAGUAGCAACCAUAGACAAGUCUCCCAACAGGGAAUCGCCUACUCGGUACUAAUUAAGAUUUCCUCAUUGACAGGAUGUAGCAUCAGGAAGAAAUGAUCGGGGACGAGUUCCGAUGGAAGGGAAAGUGGUCAAUGAAAACUGAACUGUAGCUCGAAUGAAUGGACAACGCUUCAGGUUACUGUCAGGUUACUUCAUACCAAAACCGGUUAAUCGCAACGGGAACCCGUUCCUUUAGUGGGUUACGUAUCUUCACGUAAGUUUUAAUUUACAUCCCCCCCUGGGGGUGGCUUAUUUCUCUGCACGUGCUUUUUUGCGUAAUUUGCGUCCUUUCUCCCGGCCGAUUUCUCCUCAGGGAAUUUUUUACACUUCCUGUUGCGUUUCGUUGAUUGAACAUCGAUUGAGCGUCGAUAGAUCGAGUCAUCAUUGGGAUCGGAUUUUCGGAAUCUGCUGGUCUCGACCAUGAGGGCAAGCUUGGUGAUAUUCUUACGGAAGAUUUUUUUUCGAGAGUGAAACUGAUAUUUUGUUACCAGAUUUGAAAAAUUGUAAUAAUACAAAUUUCUCAGCCGGGCAAGGAAUGACUAGGCAUAUUGGCGUUGGUCACGCUCAUUUUCCUGCAUGAACGAGAGAUUCUAGUCAUUCAAUAUAAUACUGUUUGGAACGGGAAAGAGUUUUUAGUGUCAAACUGGAAAAAAAAUUAAUUCCGACUUUUUUUUGCCGUUUUGGCACCGUAGUGGGACUGAAUGGCAUGUUCUGAUGUUCUUUCGAUUUUUUUGCAUGCGUUGUGAGUUCUUUCAUUCUUCAUCGUUGUUGUUCGUUUUUUUUCCUGUUCUGAUGUGAAAAGGAACUGGAUAUCUUGGGAAAUAGAUACAUUUCUCUAAUACA